GCCGGGGCGCCGCGGCGCGGGCCGGGAUGGAGUGAGGGGCGAGCGGCGGACAGAGCGCGGCCCUCGGCCCCCGGCCCUGCCUCGCUCCACACGGGUCUAUGCGGCCCCCCGGAGACCAUGGGAUCCAGGAUCAAACAAAACCCAGAAACUACCUUUGAGGUGUAUGCAGAAGUGACCCACUCAGGAAUCAGCUGCAUUGGGAAAGAUCCUGAGGUGCGGAGGCAAUUCCCAGAGGGCUACAGUGACCAGGAAGUUCUACAGACUUUGACCAAGUUUUGUUUCCCCUUCUAUGUGGACAGCCAUGCAGUUAACCAAGUGGGGCAGAACUUCACAUUUGUGCUCACAGACAUUGACAGCAAGCAGAGGUUUGGAUUCUGUCGCUUGUCUUCUGGGGCCAAGAGCUGCUUCUGUAUCUUAAGUUACCUCCCGUGGUUUGAAGUCUUUUAUAAGCUGCUCAAUGUCUUGGCAGAUUAUUCAGCAAAAGGACAGGAUAGUCAAAGGAGUGAGCUCCUAGAAACAUUUCAUAAACUCACCAUCCCUGAGCCAGGAACCUCUGUUCACCUCGGAGUGCACUCCUACUUUACUGUGCCUGACACCAGAGAGCUUCCCAGUAUACCUGAAAAUAGGAACCUGACAGAGUACUUUGUGGCAGUGGAUGUGAACAACAUGCUGCACCUCUACGCCAGCAUGCUGUACGAGCGCCGCAUCCUCAUCUGCUGCAGCAAGCUCAGCACUUUAACUGCCUGCAUCCAUGGCUCUGCAGCCAUGCUCUACCCGAUGUUCUGGCAGCACGUUUACAUCCCUGUUCUGCCCCCACAUCUGCUGGACUACUGCUGUGCCCCCAUGCCCUACCUCAUUGGGAUACACUUGAGUCUGAUGGAGAAGGUCCGAAGCAUGGCCCUGGAGGAUGUGGUGAUUCUGAACGUGGACACCAACACACUGGAAACGCCUUUCGAUGACCUGCAGAGCCUCCCCAAUGAUGUGGUUUCUGCACUGAAGAACAGAUUGAAGAAAGUCUCUACAACCACUGGAGAUGGUGUGGCAAGAGCGUUUCUAAAAGCACAAGCAGCUUUCUUUGGGAGCUACAGAAACGCCCUGAAAAUUGAACCUGGGGAGCCCAUCACGUUCUGUGAGGAGGCGUUCGUGUCCCACCGCUCCGCCGUCAUGAGGCAGUUCCUGCAGAACGCCAUCCAGCUCCAGCUCUUCAAGCAGUUCAUCGAUGGGCGCCUGGACCUGCUGAACUCCGGGGAGGGCUUCAGUGAUGUGUUCGAGGAGGAGAUCAACGCCGGGGAAUACGCAGGUAGCGACAAACUGUACCACCAGUGGCUCUCCACAGUGAGGAAAGGAAGUGGAGCCAUUUUAAACACAGUAAAGACCAAGGCUAACCCUGCCAUGAAGACUGUCUAUAAGUUUGCAAAAGAUCAUGCGAAAAUGGGAAUAAAAGAAGUGAAAAACCGCUUGAAGCAAAAGGACAUUGCUGAGAACGGGUGCUCGGCCGCGCCAGAGGAGUCCCUGCCCAGGACAGCACCCUCACCACUGGGGGAGAAGAAGGACCCUAAAUUAAGAGAGGAGAGAAGACCAAUCACAGUACAUUUUGGGCAGGUUCGCCCCCCAAGGCCUCAUGUUGUCAAGAGACCCAAGAGCAACAUCGGAGUAGAGGGACGCAGGACGUCGGUUCCCAGCCCAGAACAGUAA